UCGUAAAAAAGACUCGAUCGCAUUGCAACCAUCUCCAAUCGAAAGGUCGUGCAUUCGCGCUUUGGGCUUGAACCAAACAAAGUCGAAAUCCCUCUCUCGCGCUUGCUAUUCCCCCUCGGCGGUGGCUGGGCGUCCCCGUCGAUCGAACUUCCGUUCUACUCCGUCUCUCUCGGCUGCUCCUGCGUGUCAUGCUCGCUAUGAUCAAAGUGGCUGCUUUUAUUUGCUAGAGAGUUGUCUCUUGUAGCAAGAUGUUGAAGCAAGCUUUUCGCAACCUGUGCACUAAUAGCGUUCUACUGCAUGGUGUUGAUAUCUCUCGACAUGGUGUCUUUGUGCCGGCAUGUGGUAUCCACAGUGGGCAGCCUCAUUUAGCACCAAGAAGUUUCUUUGGAGUUGAAGACUACUUGGAUGAUAACAACAGCCGGCCAUACACUUACCAAAAGGGGAAGAAGUCAAAGAAUCCGAAUAAGCAUGUGUCCUUCAAACAGCGCACCAUAGCCUACAUGGAGCCUUUCACGCUAGAUGUUUUCAUCUCCAAGCGCUUCGUCUCAGCUUCACUGACUCACAGGGUCACAUGCAAGCAGGUCGCUGUUGCGGGUACCAAUUCUAAGGACAUCAAAGCUGUACUCAAGUCUCGAUCGGAUAUACCUGCAUGCUUGGCUGUAGGCCAGAUUUUGGCGGACCGGGCGAGGGAAGCUGACGUGUACACUGCUUCUUAUACUCCAAGAGAGAGGGACAAGUUUGAAGGAAAAAUCAGAGCAGUAGUUCAGUCUCUGAUUGACAGUGGCAUCGAUAUUAAAGUUUAUCUUGACUGACUUUCCCUCCUUGAACAUGAUCUUUGUUUAUGUGCACAACUCCUAAUAGGAAUAUACUGACAUCUUUGACACUGUUUUGAGAAUGUGCAAGAUGUUGUGUUGGUUCAUUUGCUGGUUACAUAUAGACAACUGUGACUAUUUGUCUAGCAGUAGAAGAAUCAGCUUUUGUUUUGGCUUUAUAGAGACAUUGGAUUCUUGAAUGAGCAUUGUGAUGGUUUCAUAGCUUCA